AUGUCCUUGCCAACCCCACCACUAUCACCCACACUGGAGACUUGGCCUGACAAACUAAAUCAUUCCACAACUCGUCACCAACGUUCCCAUCCAAACAACGCUUCCCUUAAUAACCAUCACCACCACCACCACCAUCAUUCAGGAGCACGACGACGCGAUUGUUAUGACAUAUUGCAAGCGAUCAUCAAGGAGAACGAACGACGAGAGCAAGAAGAAUACGAAAAAAUGAUACGAGAGAUACCCAAUAUUAUCAACCGACACUCGCAUGCGACUCAGAGUAUCUUACGGAAACGGUCUGACCCUCUGCCGGCUACGCCACCGCAGUCGCCUGAUUCUCCAAAUUCCGAAGGGUCUUUUGAGUCCAAACGAUCGGUUCGCUUUGCUGCAGGACCUCCUAAAAUAUCCAACGGACGACGCGCAACAUGA